AUGAAAAUGGAGGAGCUUUCAAUGUCCAGCCUGGACAACAGCAAGCUGGAGGGCCUGGCGCAGGACAUCCUGUCUGACCUGGUGGAGGACGCGUGCCUGGGACUUUGCUUCGAGGUACACCGGGCGGUCAAGCAGGGCUACUUCUUCCUGGAUGACACGGACCAAGAAAGCAUGCGGGACUUCGAAAUUGUGGACCAGCCCGGGUUGGAUGUGUUCGGCCAGGUGUACAACCAGUGGAAAAACAAAGAGUGCGUUUGUCCCAACUGCAGCCGAAGCAUCGCCGCCUCGCGCUUCGCUCCGCACCUGGAAAAGUGCCUCGGCAUGGGACGCAACAGCAGCCGUAUCGCCAACCGCAGAAUUGUGACAGGUAAUAACACCAACAACAAGUCUGAAAGCGACCAAGAAGACAACGACGACGUUAACGACAACGAUUGGUCGUACGGGGCCGAAAAGAAAGCCAAGAAAAGAAAAGGCGACAAGAAUCCAAAUUCACCGAGAAGAUCCAAAUCCUUCAAGCAUAAGAGCAGCAUGAUUGGCCCUCGUCGUAGGCUGGACAACCAGGAAAGCCCUCGCAUGUUGAUCAAAGACGAGGCCUUCCCGCAAUAG